AAAUUAUUCUAUUUAUAGAGUAAAUUUCAUUAUGAAGUGAAAUAUGAAGUUAAUUUAAAGCAUUCUUUACUCUAUAUUUACGUUUACUCCAUUUAGAAGAAAUAAUGGAGUGGAGAUAGAGAUGACCUAAAGUAAACAAAAACGUAGAAUAUAUAUUUGGGGGUGUUUUCUUUUGUUAGUAUUUUUGGGGUUUUAUGAAAUAAAUUCAGCACUAUGGUUAAAGAGAGAGAUAGAAUGAUGGCAUUCACAAAAUUAUAGUAUUAAUUAAUCUUUGUUACAAAAAUACUAAUUAAAUCUAAUCGUCACUACCUUUGUCCCCAAGUUGCUUACCCCUAUAAUAUAAAUACGUCUCAUUACCUUCCCCAUUGUUUCAUAUUCAGCUUUCCUUUAUCCUACUUUAAGUGAGCAAGUUAACAAGAAAAAAAAAGAGUUGAGAGAAACUUAUCUCUGUUGAUAAAAAAAAAAAACUUAUCUCUAGUUACAAAGAAGGGAUAUAAGCAAAAGAAAGUGUUAAACAAAAAAAUGAGACCGUUGAGCGUUCGAUCGAUGUUGCAAGAAGUGGCGAUGCACAGUACGUCAGCAUCACCUUCAUCUUCGGUGAUUCACCGAGCGGUGCCGCAAUCACCGUGGCACUCGCCAAUUCCUUACCUCUUCGGCGGUUUAGCGGCGAUGCUUGGACUCAUCGCCUUUGCUCUUCUCAUCCUCGCCUGUUCUUACUGGCGUCUAUCUCCUUCCGGAGAAGAAGAUGGUCGGAACGGUGGAGCAGAGGACGAAGAGAAAGAGAGCCGGUCUGGGGACAAAGCGGAGAACGGAGCGUACGAGGAGAAGUUUCUGGUCAUAAUGGCGGGAGAAAACAUGCCGAGGUUUAUCGCGACGCCGGCGAUGAAGAAGUGUACGUGUGGGGCUCAUGAGGGUAAAAUGGUAGUUUCUCAGGAGGAUAAUGUUGUUGCCGGAGAGGAGAAGAAGUUGGGAGAAAAUGAAGAGAAAGUGAAAGAUACUGGAGAACCAACGACAAGCCACUAAGCUUUUUUUUUUUUCUUACUUUCCUUUCCUUAAUUAAUGUUCUUUUUUUUUUUCUUUUUUGAGAGCUCUCUGGGAAAUUUUCCUUCAUAUGUUUACUAGGAACGUAAACUCUACUAGAGAGCAAAAUUUUGAGUUUUACUUGGUUUGUAAUGUUUUAUCUUUUGCUAUGCUAAAUACUUUAUUCCA